CCUGCUCUCCUCUGAUUCCCCACCCUUUCAGCAAACCCAUCUGACAACUGGGGAAUAGAAGAAGACAAACAAUCUACAGGCCUGCUGCUUCUUCAAAACAAGGACUGCAGAGAACGAUUUUAAGACACAGCAGAAAACAAGAAGAGGUUUCAUCCAUCAAAAAACCAUCCAUCAACCAUGGUGUCUACAGGAUUUCAAAUUCUUGGUACAGCUUUGGGGAUUUUGGGCUGGAUUGGUGUCAUCAUCGUGUGUGCCCUGCCGAUGUGGAGGGUCACUGCUUUUAUUGGCAGCAACAUCGUCACCUCGCAGAUAAACUGGGAGGGGAUCUGGAUGAGCUGUGUGGUCCAGAGCACAGGCCAAAUGCAGUGUAAAGUCUAUGACUCCAUGUUGGCCCUCACCUCUGACCUCCAGGCAGCUCGGGCCCUCACCGUCAUCUCCAUCGUGGUGGGCAUCAUGGGUAUCCUGCUCGCCGUAGCUGGAGGAAAUUGCACUAACUGUGUGCCGGACCCAACAUCAAAAUCCAAGGUGGGCGUUGCAUCUGGGGUUGUUUUUAUCAUAGCUGGAGUCCUCUGCCUCAUCCCUGUCUGCUGGACGGCCCACAGCAUUAUAACAGACUUCUACAGCCAGUUUGUGGUCAGUGCUCAGAAAAGAGAGCUGGGUGCCUCGCUUUACAUUGGUUGGGGCGCAUCUGCUUUGAUGUUGAUUGGAGGGGGGAUGCUCUGUAGUAACUGCCCUCCAAAAGAUGAAGACUCCUACACCGCAAAGUACAAAGCAGCCAAAUCUGAGGCAUCAGUGGGCAGAUCUGAAAUCUCAAAACCAGCGUCUGGAAGAGACUUUAGCAGCACAAAUCCAUCCAUGAGCAGGUGCAACUACAAAGCUUGUAAAACCAAAAAACCAGUAACAGCUGGAGUAGACUUUACGCUUUCAGAACUAAAUAAUCCUCAAGAAGAUCAUUGUCAGGGCCACCCUCCACUUUCUUCAAGUUUCCUGCACAGACGUCCUGGUUGCAAUUGCUUGGCCAUGGCUUCUCAGGGCCUCCAGAUCCUAGGUGUUCUGCUGGCUUUCAUUGGCUGGCUGGGCGCCAUCAUCACUUGCGCUUUGCCCAUGUGGAGAGUCACUGCUUUCGUUGGGGCAAACAUCGUUACAGCCCAGGUGAUCUGGGAGGGCUUGUGGAUGACCUGUGUGGUCCAGAGCACUGGGCAGAUGCAAUGUAAAGUGUACGACUCUAUGCUGGCUUUGCCUCAAGACCUGCAGGCCGCCAGGGCCAUGGUGAUCAUCUCUGUGAUUGUCGGGGUGUUUGGCAAGCUCAUGGCUGUGGUUGGAGGGAAGUGCACUAACUGCAUGGAAGACGAGGCGUCUAAAGCCAAAGCCUGCAUCGUGUCUGGAGUGAUUUUCAUCAUAAGUGCCUUGCUGAUCAUGGUUCCAGUUUCAUGGUCUGCUCAUACAGUCAUCAGGGACUUUUACAACCCUCUGGUGACUGCUGCUCAAAGACGGGAGCUUGGGGCUGCACUUUAUAUUGGUUGGGGCUCUGCUGGGCUGUUGCUGAUGGGCGGGUGCUUACUCUGCAACAACUGCCCCCCAAAAGAAGACAGACCCUACAUAUCUGCUAAGUUUGCCCCUGCCAGAACCGUAUCUUCAAAUGUGAACUAUGUGUAA